CCGUUUUCCAGUUUCUACACACAGAUAAAAAAAAACGCACGAGGAGCGCAGAACGCUACAGAUAUAGGCACAUUUUCUGUAAAAUAAAAGUGAAGAAGUCCACUUUGGUGGUGCAGUAAAUUUGUUUAUAACUUACAAAGCACAAGUUAUUUGCCACGAUGUUCCUGCAGUUCUACUUGAACGAGAAUGGGGAGAGAGUUUACACUCUGAAGAAGGUGGAUCUAUUGGGCCAGCCCACCAGUUCUGCCCAUCCUGCCCGCUUCUCGCCUGAUGACAAGUUCUCCAGGCACCGGGUGACCCUGAAGAAACGCUUCGGCCUCCUACUGACCCAGCAGCCCAGACCCAUCCUGUGAUUGGAGCAUGGAACCAAUACUUUCUCAAUGACUAUUAUGGCUGAUUAAUGCUACAGGCCAACCCGUUGGCUUGGAUAUUUUCUUUUCACAUUGUUCUUUCCAGCAUGUUGUGAUGGAUGUGUAACCAGUACAGUUCAGCUUUGCCCAAUACAUGUGAAUCAGGCUUUGAUUUACCAUCAAUUGAUUUGAAAGAGGCUCGCUCCUCCAUUGUUUGGGCCAGAGGGAUGCAGAUGGCUUUUGUUUGCUGGCAUUUGUUGAGGAUGUAUGCCUUGGGGCUAGCCUGAGAGAUCUGCUUAUGAAAUCACAGGCUGGCCCCUAUAUAGGCUAUUUGAUCUGCUAGAAUGCAUUUUUAAAUUGAGGUUUAUUUUCGUCUUAUGCGUUUACAGAACAAAUGUAUCAUUUUGGACAUCAAGUACUGCAUUAUGAUUCUCCUGUAAUCCAUCAUGUGGUUUCAGAGCUGUCAAAUUGAACUGUAAAAUUGAUGUAUUGUCAAUAUUUUUCUAAAGAUCUUUUUGUUUUGGAGAAUAAAUGAAAUGUGGAAAGUACAUUGA